CUACGUGACGUCAUCAUCCCACGCCGGCCGCGACGGUUUCCGGGUUGGGCUUAAAGCCGUGUUCCACGCUAUGGGGUUUUGGCGGCGUUUGUUGAUUUUUGGCUGGGUAUCGCUUCGGGGUGGUGGCGGGGCAGGUGUCCCGCUUGGGGGAAGCCGAGUGUUGGUUUGUCGGCGCCAGUUAUCUGGCGCUGACAAUGAGACCUUAAAACAAAGAAGAAUGCAAAUCAUGUCCCGAGGACUUCCAAAGCAGAAACCAAUAGAAGGUGUAAAGCAAGUUAUAGUUGUGGCUUCUGGAAAAGGUGGAGUUGGAAAGUCUACUACAGCAGUGAACCUUGCACUUGCAUUAGCAGCGAAUGAUUCGUCAAAGGCUGUUGGUUUGCUCGAUGUGGAUGUGUAUGGCCCUUCGAUUCCAAAGAUGAUGAAUCUGAAAGGAAGUCCAGAAUUAUCACAGAGCAAUCUAAUGAGGCCUCUUUUGAAUUAUGGUAUUGCUUGUAUGUCUAUGGGCUUCCUGGUUGAAGAGACUGCACCAGUUGUUUGGAGAGGCCUGAUGGUAAUGUCAGCUAUUGAGAAACUAUUAAGGCAGAGAAGGACAAACAGAGAUCAUGGCACUGGGGAAGAGCAGAGGGUAGAUUGGGGCCAACUCAACUAUUUAGUUGUUGACAUGCCACCAGGAACUGGAGAUGUGCAGUUAUCAGUCACACAGAAUAUUCCCAUUUCAGGUGCUGUGAUUGUCUCCACACCCCAGGACAUUGCACUGAUGGAUGCACGCAAGGGUGCUGAGAUGUUUCGAAAAGUCCAUGUGCCUAUCCUGGGCCUUGUCCAAAAUAUGAGUGUUUUCCAGUGUCCAAAAUGUAAACAGAGAACUCAUAUUUUUGGUGCUGAUGGUGCAAGAAGACUAGCACGGACUCUUGAUCUUGAUGUUCUAGGAGACAUUCCCUUACAUCUUAAUAUAAGGGAAACUUCAGAUACAGGCCAGCCGAUUGUGUUUUCACAGCCUGAAAGUGAUGAGGCCAAAGCUUACCUGAGGAUUGCUGCAGAAGUGGUAAAAAGAUUGCCACCACCUCUAGAGUGAGUUCCCCAAGUGGUCUGGAAAUUUGCCUGGUGCUUAACAAUAAGAAGACUUUCGGAAAUCAGCAGUGUGGUGAUGAAACCUACAGGAAUUAUAGCAAUCAUAAUUGUUUUCUUCUAUUUCUAAGGAAAUAAUGUCUUAUUUUCAGAUUUAAUUUGCUAAGCAAUGACUCACAAAUAAAAUUUUUAUAUAUUGAUGCUAACUGCUACAUUUAGGAAUUUUUCUGAAAGCUGAUGUGUACCAACUGCACAGAACUGCAUUUAUUUUAAUGAACAUCCCCUAGGGGAAUCAUGAGUUUGUGUUAGAAGCCCAGCCUUCCAUUCAGGAAAGAAGGUGCUCUUUUUGUGGGACUACAGAGUUAGUCAUUUAAAGGAUUUACUAAAUUUGUGUGCUGAUAUGACUAUGAUGCUCUCCAUCAGUCAGUUGGGUCUAGAUUUAAAUUUUGCUUUGGGCUAUCUUGGAUACAUUCUUAAUAUAAAUAAACCUCUGUUUCAUCUGGACCAGGCUUUACCCUAGACUUACUAAAUAUAAUCUGCAGGGGUGGACCUGGACAUGUAUAUUUUUUAACAAGAUUAUAAUGAUUUUGAUGAUCUGAUUAUGAUGGAAAUAGAAUAAUAGGAAACAAUUUAUCAAGUAUUUUCUUGUCAUUAGAGUUAAUCUUCCAUUCAUAUGAGUGAGGUACUAUUGUUAUCUCCACUGCAUAGAGGACAAAACAGGUAUGGGUGUGUUAAGUGUCUUGCUAAAGGUUACUAUUCCAGCAAGCGAUGGAGCUGGAAUUUGAACUUGGGCAGUGGGAUACUGGAUCCUUCCUUUUUUAUACCAAGGAGCAUAUAUUUAUUUCAAAAAAGAAAUGUGGUAUUCAGCAUUUCCUCAAACUUACUAGACUGUGAAAAUCUCCCUUGUCCUCUUUUAGGAGCAUUUCAUGGAGUUCGUGUUUCAAAUGCUAUGCUUUGAAAAACAUUUAUUUUACUAAUGGAGGCUCAGAGAAAUUCAGGGGGCUUCCCAAGGUCAGGUAGCAAGAUAGUUACAAAGUUGCAAGUACUGAUAAGAAUCAUUGGUUGAUAAAGAACCAGUCUAUGAUCUUUGGCAAAUACCUUUACAUCUUUUGCUUUGCCUCUGACUUAAAUAGCCAGAAAAUUAGGCAAAGAGUUACAUGUCAUUAUAAACAUGUUUUCACACACUUAUAUUCACAUUAAAAAAAAAAAAAACUGAACAUGAGUGUUCAUGGAAUUUUUAUUUGUAAUAACUAAAAACAACCCAGAGUUUUUCUAUGGGCAAGUAGUAAGACAAACUGUGAUAAAUCCAUACUGUGGAAUAUUAAUCUGCAGUAUGAAAGAACAAACUAUGGAUACAUGUAACAACAACAGUGAAUUCAGAGAAUUAUGCUGAAUGAAAAAGCCAAUCCUAAAAGGUUUUAUACCAUAUGGCUCCAUUUAUGGAACAUUCUUGAAAUGACAAAAAUUAUAGAAAUGGAGAACAGAUUAGUGGUUUCCAGAAUUUAAGGGGGGAGGGUUGCUGGGGAGAGAAUUAUGCAUGGCUAUAAAAGGGCAACAUAAAGAAUCCUUGUGAUGAUGGAAAUGUGUUCUCUAUUGUCACUGUGUCAAUGUCAGUAUCUUGGGAGCUAUUGUACUAUAGUUUUGCAAGAUGUUAUUAUUGGAGGAAAUUGGGUAAAAGGGCAAAAUGGAAUCUGCAUUAUUUCUUACAACUGCAUGUGAAUCUACAGUUUCCUCAACAUAAAAAUAAAAGUUUAGGGGGCGCCUGGGUGACUCAGCCGUUAAGCGGCUGGCUCCUGACAUGAUCACAGGAUCCUGGGAUCAAGCCCCACAUGGGACUCCCUGCUUUGUGGGAAGCCUGCUUUCCCCUCUCCUA